AUGAUCAAAACAAAUUUGAUUGACUCAAAGAAACUUUACCCACAAUCUAUUAUAAGAAAUAUCUUAAAUAUCAUUCCGUAUAAUAAUCGCUAUACAAAGUCAUAUUUAUCUCUUGCCAAACUCAUAUCUGAUGAUUAUCAUGUGGAAGAAGUCAGACGAAUUCCAAUUAUCUCUAACUACAUGUUUUAUAAAGAAUAUGGAAUUAAAUUAGACAAAUCUAAUGAUUUUGAAAAAAUUCAAACAGAAAAUUUAUCCAUUCACACAGAAAAUACAAUUUACAAAGCAAUUAUGUAUAAUGACAAAGAAACAUUCAUCUCCUUCACAGAAAGAGGUGGAUUUGAUAAAGAUCAAAUUCUUGACAGCCGUUUGUAUCCAGAUUCUGAAAAAGGAUAUUCAUUACUUGAAUUAUGUUGUUACCAUGGAGCAGUUGAUUGUUUCAAAUUAUUAAGAACAAAAUUUAACUCUGAAAUAACUGAAACAUGUUUACAAUUCUCAUUUUUAGGAGGAAAUCCAGAGAUCAUGAGUGAAUGUUUGAAAUCUCAAACGCCAAAUAAAGAAUGCAUGAAAUAUGCAACUAUUUCACACAACAUUGAUUUUGUUACAUUCUUGUUGAAUGAUUUUAAUAUUAAUAUCAAUUUAGAAUAUUGUGCAAAAUUUAAUCUUGAAUCAUUUUUAGUUUAUUUCGAUCAAACUAAUGAUAUUCACAGAUGUUAUACUUAUUCGGCGUUGUUUGAAAUGUUAUCUCUUUGUGAAUAUUUCCUUUCACUUCGUACAAAUAUUAAUAUUUCAAUGGGAGAAUAUGGAACAGCUCUUCACAUUGCAGCAAUGUAUAAUUGUAAAGAAAUAGCUGAAUUUCUUAUAUCGCACGGUGCAAAUAUCAACGAAAAAACAAAUAAAGGAAGCACACCUCUUCAUGAUGCAGCAAAAUCUAAUAACAAAGAAAUAGCGGAAUUUCUAAUUUCUCAUGAAAAGAGAACCGCUCUUCAUGAUGCAGCACGGUAUAAUAGCAAAGAAAUGGCUGAACUUUUAAUUUCACUUGGUUUAAAUAUCAACAAAAAAGAUAGACAUGAAAAUACCCCUCUUCAUGAUGCAGCAUGGAAAAAUAGUAAAGAAACUGUCGAAUUUCUUCUUUCACAUGGCGCAAAUAUCAAGGAAAAGAAUAAUGUUGGAAAAACCGCUUUUCAUCUUGCAGCAUUGAAUAAUUGUAAAGAAACUGUCGAAUAUCUUCUUUCACAUGGCCCAAAUAUCAAUGAAAAAGAUAAUAACGGAUAUACCGCUCUUCGUAUUGCAUUAGAUGAUAGUAAAGGUGAAAUUGCUAAUCUUCUUCUUUCACAUGGCGCAAAUGUCAAUGAAAAAGAUAAAAAUGUAAAAACUGUUCUUCAUUUUGCAGUAGAAUAUUAUAAUAAAAAAACAAUCGAAGUUCUUCUUUCACAUGGGGCAAAUAUCAAUGAAAAAGAUAGAUAUGGCAAAACCGCUCUUCAAUAUGCAUUAGAUUAUAAUAAAAAUGAUAUUGCUGAACUUCUUAUUUCACAUGGCGCAAAUAUUAACACAAAUAUUAAGGAUGCGCCCAAAUACAUGUUAAUUUGA